CGCCCGCGCACCAGGCCCCUGCCUCCGCCCGCGCGCGCGUGCGCGCGCCCCGUCCUUUCCAAAUUUAAAGGGGGCGCGGCUUUCACGCCUCCCGCCCCAGGUGACUUUUCAGGGGUCUCCCUGCUAGAGGUCGCCGCCGCCAAGGAACAUGGCGAAUGUGGAGCAGGUCCUGAGCCUCGAGCCGCAGCACGAGCUCAAAUUCCGAGGGCCCUCCGCCCACUCAGGAGAGAGCGCUGCUCAACCUGCUCGACACCUUCUAGAGAGAAGUGGGAGCAGCAAGGGUCUCAGCAGGGGGCCAGGACCAAAGGGUGAAGACACGCAGGCUCCGGUCCCCGAGGGAGAGGAAGGAUGACGCAGAGAGCUCCCAGCGCUGACGCUUGUAGGCACAUUAUUGAACUUGGGCUCAAAGUCUGGCAGGAGGAAGCACCGGCAGCAACUGACUGGGCAGCCUUCCCGGGAAGAUGCAGCCACUCCUGCUCCUGGUGGUCCUUCUCCUGCCCCCCAGGGCUAGGGCAGGGCAGAUCAUCGGAGGCCAAGAGGCCAGGCCCCAUUCCCACCCCUACAUGGCAUAUCUUCAGAUCCAGACAUCAAUGGGUCUCACCGUUUGUGGGGGGUUCCUGGUGCGAGAAGACUUUGUGAUGACAGCAGCUCAUUGCUUGGGAAGCCAAAUAAAUGUCAUCCUGGGGGCCCACAACAUCAGGAGGAUGGAAAGGGGUCAGCAGCGCAUACCUGUGCUCAGAGCCAUCCCCCACCCCAGAUACAGUCAGCAGAGCAAUAGGAAUGACAUCAUGUUACUGCAGCUGAGGAACAGAGCCAGACGUAAUCGGAUUGUGAGGCCGGUGGCUCUGCCUCGGACCCAGAACAGGCUGCGUCCUGGGACCCAGUGCACCGUGGCCGGCUGGGGCCUGGUUGGCCUGAACAGCAGAACAGACAUGCUCCAGGAUGUGCGGCUGACAGUGCAGAGGGAUGGGGAGUGCAGGAGACGCUUCAUGUUCUACACUGGCCGGACACAGCUUUGUGUGGGGGACCCAAGAGAGAGGAAGUCUGCCUUCCGGAUGGAAAGAAUAUUUGACGGAGGUGGGAGGAGAGAGCCGUGGAAGAGCCCUCGUCCAGCCCUUCUGUUCUGUGACAUUUACUUAGAGCGCCAGAGCACUGCCCAGGUCAGGACUCAGUCCCCAGGAAACUCCCAGGGCAGACCCAUCUCUCCUCUAAGCCUCACCCUGCCAGUCAGCACUUGCAAGGCAGCUCUCUGCCUCCAGCGGCCCUGCUGGAAACGUAUCUACAGACCUCACUCUGCUCACCUCCAAGGACAAUUCCCUUCAUGACUAUCGCAGAAACCAGCUCCACCACCUCUCACAGCUCAGCACCUAUUAAGUAAAUCUCAGCAGCAGAGCAUUGGCAAGAAAGCAUUUUGCACACGAAAAAUGAGUGCAAAAGGACAUAAUUCCUUGCACAUUCUUUCUCCACUUUCAACCUCUGCUUUGGAAGCCCUAUUGAUUUGUCUGGAAAGUCACAAAACAAUGACAAUCUCAUGGAUAGAAACCCCUUCUUUUUUAGGAACUUCUCUUCUGACGCAAUAGCUCAGGCAAACUUCUGGUCCACAGAGGGCUGGUACCUGUGCCUUGGGGCAAAGCAUCAGAGUCAGGAGAGGCUAGACACUGGCGAUUCAUCAGAAUCACAGAAGUGAUGGCUGGUAACCUUGAUAAUGAUUGUCUGAGUUUGUCUGGGAAAAGGUGGUUGCCCCAGGAGAAAGCCACCUGAACCUCAGACUGGAGAGGAGUGGGGAAUUCAGGACCAGUCCCAAUAGCUCAAAGGAAAUGUUCUUCUUAUAGAAGUGUGAAAAAACUCUCAGAAGUACAUGAAAUCUGCCAAAUGCAUUAUGAAUCAUUUCACGAUUUUAGGUGGCAUGACCCCCAGAACAACUACAAGCCCCAUUAGACUGAUACCCUAUUGUGAUUAUGUUUUCACGUUUUCACUGAAUUUCCAGAAGUACAAUUUUCCCAGGCUACAUUAUGAUUCACUGUUUUGUGUAUAGCAAAGCACUAUAUCAUUUCAACAAUCCAGAAAAUUUGCCAUGUUAGUGCUUGAACGUGCAAUUACAACGUUGACUGUUAGAAUGGAUUUCAGUGGUAUCCAGCCUCUGAUAUAGCCUGAAUGACCUCACCUCCAGGUAUUCACACUGGAGAAUGAAAGCCUUUGUUGGCAAGACAGUUAUCACUGAGACUUCAAAUUCCCAAGCAAGGAGGCACCAGAAUGACUAAUGAAAGCCAGGAUGAAUGCACCCACCUCACACUUUCUACCACAAAUAGUUGUGAAACAUGGUGCCCAAAACAUCACGGAGGAGGAAACCGUAUGGAGACAAAAGACCAGGACCAGAUAAAACAGCAAGUGCGCCGUGGUCUGCAGGAUUGCUCUGGUAGACCAGCUGUUUGUCAAUCAAGUUUCAUCAUGUCUCAUGUUUUUCAGACUUUUGAGCUGCCUGGAAGGGAGAGAAAAGAAAGAGAUCAAGACCUUCACCCCACACCAUUUAAUAAGAGCUGCCCAUCUGUUUCAAAUAUUUGGCACGGGUGCAGAUUUUACCUAAGGAAAAUAUUCAUGACUGUAGAAAGCAAAAAUUUUGAAAUACACUAAUAGACACUAACCAUUAAAACUAUGAGGCCAGGUAGUGACCAACACAGCCAUGUGGUGUGUUCUCCGCAGGAACUGGAUCCUGGUCUCCCAACUCCCAGACAGCACUCUCUCAAUCAGAAUGUAUUGUUCUUCAACUCCACUCUCCCAGUCCCUCUGGCUGCAGGGCCAUUCAGUCUGCUGCUUUUAGAUCUAUUUGUAUCAUGGGACCAA